AUGCAUGGCUUGGCCGCUGCUUUGGGGGAGCCCUUUGAGGACAUCUGGGCAUUUACUUUGAUCUACAGCAUCUCUGGCGGGUGCACGAGCGUCGUCGGUAACGACAUGGAGGCGGGCACCGUCGUCCACGGCCGCCUCCUCGACUACCCCAUGGCAGUCAAGCCGAUCCAGCUGCAUGCAGUGUUCACCAAGGGAGGUAGCACGGCGUUCGAGUGCGUCAUAUAUGUGGGGUUCAUCGGGUGUUUGACGGGGAUGGUUCCUGGUGGGUACUCGAUCUCUUCUGAACCAGAAAGACACGACACAAUCUGA